AUGUCUGAAAAACAACUGUCGGACCAUGUCGAGACGGGUUGGUCUCCAGUCGAGCCCGAGCCUCAAGGGAGCGGCGGAAAUGUGCCUGCUGGCCACGUCCCCGUGACAAACGAAGAGAAAGCAUUGAAUCGAGCGUUAAACUACAAGAUCGACACAAUAAUUCUUCCAUUUUUAUCUCUAUUAUAUCUUUUUAAUGGAUUAGAUCGAGGCAACGUUGGAAAUGCCGAAACGCAAGGCUUUACCAAGGACAUUGGAGCUCAGCCAGACGACCUCAACCUGGCAGUCAGCUUGUUCUUCAUCACGUUUGUGCUGUUCCAACCUCCCUCCGCCGCCGUCGGAAGGUACCUGGGAGCGAAGAACUGGGUGCCGAUCAUUAUGUUUUGCUGGGGCAUCCUCACCAUUUGCCAGGCUUUUAUCAAGGGACGAGCUACGCUGAUUGCGACACGACUACUCAUUGGCCUUUUUACUGUUCCUCGAACCACGAAAUUCCUGCUAACGCUAAAGCAGGAGGCAGGAUUUUAUCCUUGCUGUGUUUUCUACUUGUCGACAUUCUAUACCCGUUUCGACCUCGCCGUCCGCCUCGGACUCUUCUACGGACAAUAUGCUGUCGCUGGUGCCUUCUCCGGUUGCAUUGCGUACGGAAUUUUCCACAUCAAGACCGGCUCGCUCAAGAACUGGCAAUACCUCUUCAUCAUCGAAGGUGGCGCUACAUGUCUCAUUGCCAUCGUUGCAUGGUUUUGGAUGCCCCUCGGACCGGGAAGUGCGUGGUUUCUCAAAGACAAGGAUCGAGCAUACGCGGUGGAGCGUAUCCGUCUGGACAACGCCAUGUAUUCGCAACAUGCCUACGGCGACAGCGGUGUCGAGAAGGAGAGGUUGACGAGGCGCGAUGUGGUUGAGACGGCAAAGGACUGGAAGCUUUGGUAUGUGCUGUUCUUCAACAUCCUAGCUAGCGUCCCCGGGCAGGCAUUCUCUGUGUUUCUCCCUCUUGUUGUCGCUGGACUGGGAUAUUCCUCCAUUGAGGCGAACUUGAUGUCUGUGCCGCCAUAUCUUUGUGGAGCAGUCGGGUUGUACAUUUUCGCCGUCAGUUCGGAUCGCAGGAAAGAACGCGGCUAUCACAUCUUUGUCGGUCUCUUGAUCACCCUCGUCGGGCUCAUCAUCACGGUGACUGUCCAGCGCCACGGCGGCAAGUAUGCUGGCUUGUGCAUCUUGCUGUUUGGCAGUUAUAUCUCGGCACCAUUGACCGUGGCCUGGCUGAGUGGCAACACUCCUGAACCCGGGAAGAGAGCACUCGUCCUGGGCGUCAAUGGAUUUGGAAAUCUAUCCGGGGUCAUCGGGGCACAAAUCUUCCGGGCAUCCUAUGCGCCAAAGUACCUGGUGCCGUUUUAUAUAACACUGGCAUUCAUCGCCGUCGCGCUGGCCGGAUACCUUUCAUACCGUUUCACAUUGGCAGCGGUGAACAGACGAAGGCAGGCUAAAGUGGCAGCCAUGACUCCCGAGGAGUUCGAAGACGAGAAGACCACACCUCUGAGAUAUGCGGACAAGAAGUAUACCUUUAUCUACGGCCUGUGA